AUGGCCAGUUUCACAGAGAAACAAAUACCAAUGUUUGAGGAAAAAGGUGGCGACUCUGCCACUGAGUGUCAAGAUGACCAACAAACCACUGGCGUUGUCAUUGACAACACCGAUCAGCUGAAACGACACCUAGGUAACCGUCAGAUUCAAUUGAUCGCUAUCGGUGGCUCCAUUGGUACAGCGACCUUUGUGAGUAUCACGUCCGGUCUUGUCAAGGGUGGUCCCGGCAGCUUGUUCCUGGCAUACACCAUCUAUUCCUGCAUGAUGGGUCUGGUCAACAACUCCAUGGCCGAAAUGGCUGUCUAUAUGCCCGUCAGUGGUGCUUUCAUUCGCAUGGCUGGCCACUGGGUCGAUGAAGCCUUUGGUUUCUGGGCCGGCUGGAACUUCUUUAUUUACGAGGCACUCCUCAUUCCAUUCGAGAUCUCGGCACUGAACCUCGUCUUGACAUUCUGGCGGGAUGAUAUCCCCGUCGAGGCAGUGGUAGCUGCCUGUAUCGUCAUCUACUUUGUCCUUAACGCAUUUACGGUCAAGUGGUAUGGUGAAGCUGAGUUUUGGCUUGCAACUGGAAAAGUGCUGCUGAUUCUCAUUGUCUUCCUCUUCACAUUUAUUACCAUGGUCGGUGGCAACCCUAAGCACGAUGCUUACGGAUUCCGCUACUGGAACAACCCCGGUUCCUUUGCCGAAUAUAUCUCAACAGGUCCUUUGGGUCGCUUCGAAGGCUUCCUAGGAGCUGUUUGGAGUGCCUCGUUCACCAUCGUCGGUCCAGAAUACAUGUCGAUGGUGGCAGGAGAAACGAAACUGCCUCGACGCUACCUCAAGACAGCAUUCAAGACGACUUAUGUUCGCUUUGCCUUCUUCUUUAUUGGCAGUGCCUUAUGCGUGGGAAUCGUCAUUCCAUACAACGACACAACACUGUUGGAUAUUCUCAGCGGGUCUUCAGGUGGCUCGGGAACGGCUGCCGCAUCUCCAUAUGUCAUCGCCAUGAACCAUCUGGGCAUUACCGUGUUGCCCCACAUCACGAAUGCUCUCUUAGUGACCAGUAUCUUCUCCGCUGGAAAUGCCUACACAUACUACGGCACCCGCAGUCUCUACGGCCUGUCUCUACAAGGCCAGGCACCCAAAGUCCUUCGCCGAUGCACGAAAGCCGGUGUGCCUAUCUAUUGCCUCUGCAUUGUCAUUAUAUUCCCCUUCCUUGCCUUCCUGAACGUUUCCAGUGGAUCCGCCCAGGUUCUCACUUGGCUCACCAACAUUAUCACCGCCGCCCAAGUCAUCGAUUACAUUAUCAUUUGCGUGACCUAUCUGUUCUUCUAUCGUGCCCUCCGUGCGCAAGGCGUUGACCGGCGUACUCUGCCAUACUAUGGCUACUUCCAGCCAUACUCCGCUUGGAUUGGCCUGAUUUGGAUGACUUGUGUCGUAUGCUGCUACGGCUAUUCUACUUUCCUUCCAGGAAAGUUCACCGUGGGUGAUUUCUUCACUUAUUAUACCAUGGUCCUUGCCGCUCCGGUUCUUUUCUUCGGAUGGAAGAUCAUCAAGCGCACCAAGUUCAUCAAGGCGCACGAAGCUGAUCUGAUCUGGGACCGACCGGUCAUUGAUGCGUAUGAGGCGACCUUCACCGAGUAUUCACCAGGCUUCUGGACGGAGAUUCUGCAGAUGUUUGGACUUCGGAGGAAGAAGAAGAUUAUGCAGGAAGCCUGA